AUGUCCUCAAAGUCUACCUACAACAAGAACAACUCUGGUGUGAAGCGAAUAAUGGCCGAGGCACGCGAACUGCAGCGCGACAGCUCCACCGAGUACAUUGCUAGCCCUCUUGAAGCGCCUUCCAUAAUGCUUCUAACUCCAAACGGCCGAUUUGAGCUUAAUAAGAAGAUUUGCAUUAGUUUCACGGCAUAUCAUGAAGACCAAUGGCAGCCGUCAUGGGGCGUUCGAACUGCCAUCAUAGGUCUUCAGUCCUUCUUCCCACUGAAAGGAGAAGAUGCUAGUGGCGUUGGAGGCAUCGAGGUACCAGUGCCUGAGAGGAAGCGAUUAGCUACCCUCUCUCGACACUGGGUAUGUUCCCAGUGCAAGCAGUCAAAUGCCGAAGCCCUUCAGGAUUCUCCACCAAUCGAAACGUCAAGUGCCUCAGGCCAAGCUUCCGGAGAGUUGAUUGAGAAGGCUGACACAUGCACGCCAAUACCGGAAACGGCUCUGGAUAAGGAGGAGCUACCGCCGGCCAAGCUGGCCACAGAAGCAGCGACUCCGGAAACACCAGCCCUGCAGUUUACAAAGGAAGCAAGUGUCGAGGAACAAGGCGGGGCUGUCGCUCUCGUUCCCGUCGCCAUCACAAAACCUCCGUCUAUCCCUGAACAACGACCAGUUUCCCCUCCACCGAGUUCAAUCGCCAUUCAAGCACCUUCAACCAUCUCGCGUCCUCUUGAUCUCACUCCUUCAACACCCGCCAGUCGCAUUCUUCCUCCCCGUAGCGAGCGUUCCCCUGUCGGGGGUCACAAUUCCCCGCUGUCCCGCACCAAUGAUCCUCAUGAUCAAGGUAUGACCCCGCGAGAUGUUCCCCUUGCUCUCGAUGCUGUUAUCAUGGCACUCGCGGCGCUGUUAGUAGCGGUCGUCCUACGCCGAGCGAUGUAGUGCAAGUGUUGGCAACACCCUGCUGUCUCAGUUGGACCGGGGGGGGCGAGCGCAGUAAUUGCUUGGCCACCGAUCAUACGAGUGUCCCACCUGAAGCACUCUAUUGGACAUUGCACCCACUGCAUCGUUUAACGUCGCGCGUGUUUUUCAUAUCCCCAUCAACUUUGACGACGUCUUCUGCGGUUCGAUCGUUUCCCAAUACUAUCUCAAUUCUUUCUAUAUUUUUGAGACAGUUUCUUCUUUGUUCCUUUUGAACAACGGAUUCAUUGCUUCUAGCGCCUUCCAUUGCCUGUAUUUCUCACUCUUUAUUGCCAUUUGUAUCAGUUGUACCUUAUGCUUGCUAGAUCGACCUUAGUUUUCGGAGUUAGACCAAUUACUGGGCACAUUCCCCCCUGUGAACUCAGCCUGUCUUAAGAGAUGCUGGAAGAGGGGUUUCGUAAAUGAGGCUCAAACAAUAUCAUUGGUUUACUGCCUG